CGUGGUUUUUAUCUACAUGACAUAGUUUUCAAGAUGUUUCACUUGAUUUCUUAGAAAAAUUCUUUAAACAAAUGUUUUCAACACUUGGUUUUCAUUUUGGAAAACUUGGAUUUUUGACAUCAGCUAACGACAUGACUAAACCAACCAUGGGUCUGGCUAAACCAGCCCAACAGCGAUGUUGGAGUAACCAACAACGCUGUCUGGCAUGGGCAACUGAAAAACCAUGGUUUGGCGUUAAGUCUUCCAACAGUGAUGUCGGUAUAUGGACAUCACUGUUGAGCCAAGAUGAUGAAUCCCUAAUCUCUCUCAAGCUUCAGACAAAUCAACGAACCCUAAUUCGGAUUACUUCGUCGGUGCUUCGUGGAAUCACGGCUUCCAUCGAAAUUCCGAACUCGACAUUGAUUGAAUAUUCUAAUGGAGUCUAAUCGUGGGGAAAAGUCUAGUAAUAGUAGUAGUAAAUCGUUCUACGAAGCUCCUCUCGGUUACAACAUUGAAGACGUCAGGCCAAACGGUGGAAUCAAGAAGUUCAGAUCUGCUGCAUACUCCAACUGCGCUCGCAAGCCACCCUGAUAUUCCCUAAAUUUCU